AUGUCUGGUUCCUCAACUCCAAAGCGGCCGCUCGAAGUGGAUGAGCAGGACUCUCCAAGCGAAGGCUAUCGUUGGAAGAGGCUCCAGCACGAUGCCUCCCCAUCCGUUCCUGCCUCACGGUCAUCCUCUCGAAGUUCUUGUGGAAGAUCCUCGAGCGUUAGGAUUCUGAGUGAUAGAGUACAACACAUGGUUGUUGAUUCCGAAGAGGGAGUCGUAGAGGCGCCGCAGAGAAACCACCUGCUGCCAUUGGCAGGGCUACAACUACGAGGUACUUCUAUCUAUCUUUUACCACAAGUACCACCCUCCACCUUAAUGGACGGUGUUGGGUCUCAGAAGCCAGAUGCCCGGAAAAAGGAGCAAAUAUGUUUUGGAAUGUUGAGAUAUGUCCAAAUCAGAAUCAAUUCCAUUCAGAGCAAGGAUUUAAAACUCUUGGAAGAACUUGGAAGGGACAAAGAUGUCCUCGCAUCCCUGGACCUCAUAUUCGGGCAGGAUCGUUGUGACUUACAGUUCAAGGGUACCAAUGUUGCCACCAUGAACUCAAAAUCCCAGCGUGCGCUUUAUCAGCUCAUGUCUCUCGUCUCAAAGGAGAGCGUUCGAUAUGAAGCCCUCCUCCCUCGAGCAGAAUUCAAACAGAAACUAGAGGCAGCUGCGCAGCCUCUGAACCCAGAUAGACUCAAGCUUAUCUGUUCAAUGGAUGUACAAAUAUUUGGUGCUCGCUACCUUGCCGACACCAUCGCAAAGGAGUUAUGUAAGUAUCGUAUGUUCUUGCAGCAUCCAAUUCGACGGCCUUUGGACGUUGCCUACGAGAAUCCGCAAUAUCUUAGUGCUGUUGGAUCCUCGUUCACGAAUGGGGCUGUAUUGCCCCCAAUUUCUGCUGAGGCGUCUCAAAAUGACAUCGAAUCGAAGCCUAAUAUCGAGGAACCUGAUCACGAUCCGGACGAUUUGAAAGUUUUCAUAAAUAACCUUCCAGGGCAUGACUAUCUCCGGGAGGCAGAUGUCGAUAAGCGAAUCAAAACAAACCUGUUAAGGCAAUGGGCCGAGAAUCAAAUCAGGAUGAAAGCCCAAGAAUGCUAUGGCGUGUUGAGGAUUUCACUUCGGGAGUCCCAAGGCAUAUUCCGACAUAAGAUCACUGACGCAAGAAGCCAGACCCCGGACGACAUACUCGGAGGCAUUCUUGCUGAUGAUAUGGGCCUCGGAAAAACGCUGACCAUGAUUGCAACCAUUGUCACAACGAUUUCUCGCGCCGAACAUUUUGCAACAACACGAUUUACUGAUAAGGAAGGGAUCAAAGAUGCCAGGAUCCUAGUAAUGUCAACACUAGUGAUUGUGCCCUCUGUCUUGCUAUUGAAUGGUUGGAUUGACCAAAUCACAACGCACAUCACCUAUGGUACGCUGCAAUACUACGUAUAUCAUGGACCGGACAGGCGCCUGAGUUCGUCUUCAACUCUGCCGUAUCACAUUGUCUUUUCCACUUACGGCACCGUCGCAGCGGAUCUGGGCAGGGGAGGCAGUGUUCUCGAUUGCUUCCACUGGUAUCGGCUCAUUCUCGACGAAGCGCAUACCAUCAGAAACUCGUCCACGAAAUCGUUCGAGGCGGCUACAAAUCUUUCAGCAAAUAUCCGAUGGUGCAUGACAGGAACACCAAUACAGAAUUCCUUGCAUGAUCUCAGAUCUCUUGUAAAAUUCCUUCGCGUGCCGCAGUUAGAUGAUACUUCAGCGUUUCGGAGAUAUAUUGCUGGAAACCAGAAAAUAGGAAAAGGCUCCCAGAGGCCUAAGCCAGAUUAUGAGAACCUCAAAAUGCUUCUUGGGUCAAUAUGCCUAAGGCGAAGCAUAUUGUCCUUACCACUCGGCGUUACGUGCCUCGAAAAACACCCACAACUGUCAAAAGUUGAGGAGAGAGCCUACAACGAGCUUGCAAAGUCGUGCGAGCGUUCAAUUAAGGCUGUGGUCAGUAAACGACGAGCACCAAAGGAAAGCAGAGCAGUUUUGACAGCCUUACUGCGGCUGCGUAUAUUUUGCAAUACAGGUCUUACGACUCUUACGCAGACGGGAGUGACGGAGGAAGACUCGGCCGAGCAAUUCUACCCUGAUGAAAUUAACGGCCUUUUCCAGCAAAUUGGCAGCGCCGUCUGCUCAGAGUGCAAUUGCGACAUACUCUCUAUUGACACAAUCGAUGGGUUGGACCAACAGCUUGUCGACCCCAACCGUCGCCUCAAAUGUCAGGAUUGCAAGCAGCAGAUCACUGCUUCAUAUGAUAGUGGAUAUCCUUUACGAGGCCAUCUCAGUCCAGUGCGCCAAGUCGACCCUGAACCUAUCUCACUGCAAAAAGAAGACAGUGGGUAUGACAGCGGAUCUAACAUUUACAGCAGUAUUUCUGGUCAUCCUAAAUACCCUUCGAAGCUGAAAGCAGUGCUCUCUGACAUAAUGGAACACCAUGCUCACGAGAAGAGCAUUGUCUUUUCAACCUGGAAGCGGAGCAUCGAUCUUAUGGCCCAGCUUCUCCAUCAAACUGGGAUCGUCUUCGGCCAAGUAGAUGGCACUCUUCCCCCGCCUCGUCGGCAGGAGGUACUCAAAAGAUUUCAUCACGACUCCUCAGUCAAGGUACUGUUGAUGACCUUAGGAACCGGUGCGGCAGGGCUCAACAAUCUAUCCGUUGCAAGUCGGGUUUAUAUACUUGAACCGCAAUGGAACCCAUCAGUCGAAGACCAAGCAAUCGGGCGUGUCUUACGCCUAGGUCAAGACAAACAGAGUGUAAGGUCUCGCCAACUGAUGAAGAUACAACUGGCUCGAGAAGGUGGCCUUCAAGAGCUCAGCAAAAUCAUUAAGUCUACGGUUUUCAUCGAAGUGCCUACGGCAGUUCCACAAGUCGAAAUGGUUUACUAG